GCACGCCUCGGCCGGCGGCGGCGGCCAAGGGCGGGAGGGAUUGUCCGCGGAGGGAUUGGGAGAUUCGAAGCCUCACGGCCGCUUUGGCAGCAUGUAAGCAACUUCUUGCCAAGAACCCAGGUCACCGCUGAGAAGGUGGCCUUAGGGAGAAGAAUAUCCAGAGGAAACCAAUGCCAGACACGUCUGGAGUUACACUCAACGCAGGCAGCAUGAGACAUUCUGUGCCAGCAUCUGUGUCCUGCUGGCAAAGACUGUAGCUCUCCCAGUUGGAGGGUCCUGGAAGCAGCACGCACCAGGAGCCUCUUGAGAGGAAGAAUGGGGCCAGAUGUGAACUCUCUACAAUGAACACAGUUCUCAGCUUAUGAAGGAGUUUUAAGUAAAACAAUUAUUUAAUUUCCACAUAUUCAAGUUCAGUAGCCUUCUGUGUGAAGAGCCAGCAGUCACCCCCCCCCCCCAAAAGUUAUCAGGAUUGUUCUGGCACCAAGUUGAACUCUUCUUGGUACUUCUGGCAAUGACAGAUCUUCAGGACAGAUUUAUCUGUUAAAUGCUCUUGAGCAGGAAAGAAAAAGUAAAACUUCUGGAAGGAGCGGAAAGUAGCAGAGCAGAGGUCCCUCCCUUACUACUCACUUUCACAGAAACUCUGCCUGGACUCGGAUGCUUGUACUGAAGAUUGGUCCUGCCUCAUUCACUUCCAAAGUCCAUCAAUUCUGGGGAGAGCUGGCAUUUUCGGGCUGCCUCCUGUGGCCCUUUUUACUGUCCUUCUGCCUGCAGCAGGCAGUCGAAUAAUGUGACUUGGAACGGGGUUUGCUAUCCUAUGGGGACUCGCUUUCUUUCCCAGGCCGGUGCUGUCUGACGGGACCAUCUGAAGACGGUGGUUUGUUCUUGGGGGCGGGCACUGGCCUUGCCUGGAUCCUCCACCAUGUUCCUGUUGCUGCCUUUUGAUAGCCUGAUUGUUAACCUUCUGGGCAUCUCCCUGACUGUCCUCUUCACCCUCCUCCUUGUUUUCAUCAUAGUCCCUGCCAUUUUUGGAGUCUCCUUUGGCAUCCGAAAGCUCUACAUGAAAACUUUGUUAAAAAUCUUUGCGUGGGCCACCUUGAGGAUGGAGAGAGGCGCCAAGGAGAAGAACCACCAACUUUACAAGCCCUACACCAAUGGAAUCAUUGCAAAAGAUCCCACUUCGCUAGAAGAAGAGAUCAAAGAAAUCCGUCGAAGUGGUAGUAGUAAGGCUCUGGAUAACACUCCAGAAUUUGAGCUUUCCGACAUUUUCUACUUUUGCCGGAAGGGAAUGGAGACCAUCAUGGAUGAUGAGGUGACAAAGAGGUUCUCAGCAGAGGAGUUGGAGUCCUGGAACCUGCUGAGCAGGACCAACUAUAACUUCCAGUACAUCAGCCUUCGGCUCACUGUCUUGUGGGGCUUAGGAGUGCUGAUUCGCUAUUGCUUCCUUCUGCCACUCAGGAUAGCUCUUGCUUUUACUGGGAUUAGCCUUCUGGUGGUAGGCACGACCGUGGUGGGAUACCUGCCAAAUGGGAGGUUUAAGGAGUUCCUGAGUAAACACGUUCACUUAAUGUGUUACCGGAUCUGCGUGCGAGCCCUGACAGCCAUCAUUACCUACCACGACAGAGAAAACAGGCCCAGAAACGGUGGCAUCUGCGUGGCCAAUCACACCUCUCCAAUCGACGUCAUCAUUUUGGCCAGCGAUGGCUAUUAUGCCAUGGUGGGUCAAGUGCACGGGGGACUCAUGGGUGUGAUCCAGAGAGCCAUGGUGAAGGCCUGCCCACACGUCUGGUUUGAACGCUCUGAAGUGAAAGAUCGCCACCUGGUGGCUAAGAGACUGACUGAGCAUGUGCAGGAUAAAAGCAAGCUACCCAUCCUCAUCUUCCCAGAGGGAACCUGCAUCAAUAAUACAUCAGUGAUGAUGUUCAAAAAGGGAAGUUUUGAAAUUGGAGCCACAGUUUACCCUGUUGCUAUCAAGUAUGACCCUCAAUUUGGUGACGCCUUCUGGAACAGCAGCAAAUACGGGAUGGUAACGUACCUGCUGCGAAUGAUGACCAGCUGGGCCAUUGUCUGCAGCGUUUGGUACCUGCCUCCCAUGACCAGAGAGACCGAUGAAGAUGCCGUCCAGUUUGCCAAUAGGGUGAAAUCCGCCAUUGCCAGGCAGGGGGGGCUUGUGGACCUGCUGUGCUCUCGUUGUGAGCCAGGCUCCGUGUCGCUGGCGCCGGAGAGGACGGCCUCACUCGGCCCUCGCCGUGGACCCAUGCGGGAUGGGGAUUGUCACUCCUGUUUCACAUGUGAGACACCAGAGCUCAAAGAGGUCAGGUGACUGUUUUCCAGAGUCCCCGAGUAAUCAGUGGACCAGAUUCUGAGCUCAGGUCUGACAGGCUGCUCGAACUGGAGUGUCAGUCCACACUCCCUGGCCGCAGGGCUCCAGGAGGACAAGUGGGGCUCCCUUUAAAAGAGAGCCCUUGCUGUGGAUUGUAAAGGGCAUCACACAUAUAAGAGCGUUGGGUGUAAGGUCUGUCCAGCGAUGGGGGCGGGCUUCAUCAUACCUCAAAGGGGAAGUCCGGGUGUAGCAGAAAUCCUGAAAAGGGACUGGGGUUUCUGUUAGUCACUGAAGGUAGGUAAUGCUAAUUUUAGCAUGAAGGUGAGUGGGACUUUGAGGAAACAAAUCCCAGUGUGGGGAUAGCAGAGGGAGGUCUCGCCGGGGCCAUGAGCACAGGAGUAUGGGCGUGACUUGGAUUCCUCUCCAGCACCAUCCCUCAAGCACAGAAGAAGUAAGGACUCGCAGUUCCCUUACGUUCAUUGUUGGCAUGAAUCUCUGGGUCUGAAUUUUACAGACCAUUUCACAGAUCAGAUUUACAGAUUCAUUACAGUUUCAGUCGUUCUUAAAGCUGGCUCACCUUCCAUGAUGCCAGAAUGCCUCCUUUAUCUUCAGUAAGGUGAGGGUGAACGUUUGAGUAGAAAGCGUUGUAAACUCCUUGGUAGGUAGGUUUGAGCAAUGACAAAAGUACCCUGAACGUGAGUACUGACUUAUGACCCCAGGGCAGGAGUGAAAGAUUUAAGGCAGAAGUGGUAAAAUUGGGGAGGGCCAGGUCAGUAUGUGAGGUCACCCUAGGAGGGAGAGAGCCAUGGAGAGCUUUUGUUUCAGAAGGGUUCUUCUGGGGUUUUGAGCAGCGUGGUGCUGUGAUCUAAGGGUGGAUAGGAGGCCUUCUUUGCUGUGACAGCAGACUUUUCUCUCAUCAGGGAUGGUGGUCUGAAGAGGGAGAAGGUGAAAGACACGUUCAAAGAGGAGCAGCAGAAGCUGUACAGCA